GUCCUCGCUCUCGCCCCGCGCCUCCCAGGAGCCCAGCCCCGGGGCAGCCGGCGGCAGCAGCAGCAGCAGCAGCAGGAUGGGGUACUCAUCAGAGAGAGACCUGCCUAAGACCAUCCAGUGUCCAUGACUGAAAUGACAUUUGACCUAGGUCAGACUUGAAUGCAUUGGUAAAACUCUGGCUUGCAUCUAAAUUCCAGACACAUUGGUUUGAGAUGAGAAGGAAUCUAGCAAUCUCAUGCCAAACAAUGGAGACCACGGCCUGGUUCCUGGAAAUGACAGAUUCAAACCUGUGCUACCUUGGCCUCAUGUUGAAGGUGUAGAAGUAGACUUGGAGGCAAUUCGGCGAAGGAAUAAAGCCAAAAAUGAAGGGAAUCCUCUUGUUGGUGGCAGUAAUGAUCAGCAAAACAUCAUGCAGCGACAGUAUCUUACAUUUAAGCCACAAACGCUUACCUACCAUGAUCCUGUAUUACAUCCUGGAACUCUUGGUAAUUUUGAACCCAAAGAACCUGAACCCCAUGGAGUUGUAGGUGGUCCUGGUGAGGAAGCCAAGCCAUAUGUGUUAGGACCAGAGUAUAAAGAAUCUGUUCAAGCCAGCAUAAAAGAAUUUGGGUUUAAUAUGGUAGCAAGUGAUAUGAUCUCACUAGAUCGAAGCAUUAAUGACUUACGACAAGAAGAGUGCAAAUACUGGUACUAUGAUGAGAAUCUACUCACUUCCAGUGUUAUCAUUGUCUUCCAUAACGAAGGAUGGUCUACACUCAUGAGGACGGUUCAUAGUGUUAUUAAGAGAACACCAAGGAAGUAUCUGGCUGAAAUUGUUUUGAUAGAUGAUUUUAGUAAUAAAGCACACUUAAAAGAGAGACUAGAGGAUUAUAUUAAGCAGUGGAAUGGCCUUGUAAAGAUUUUUCGAAAUGAAAGGAGAGAAGGUUUAAUUCAAGCUAGAAGCAUUGGAGCCCAGAAGGCUAAACUUGGACAGGUUUUAAUUUACCUUGAUGCCCACUGUGAGGUGGCAGUAAACUGGUAUGCACCACUAAUAGCUCCUAUAUCUAAAGACAGAACCACAUGCACUGUACCGCUUAUAGAUGUCAUAGAUGGCAACACUUAUAACAUUAUACCCCAAGGGGGUGGUGACGAAGAUGGGUUUGCUAGAGGAGCAUGGGAUUGGAGUAUGCUGUGGAAGAGGGUGCCCUUGACCAAACGUGAGAAGGAAAUGAGAAAGACAAAAACUGAGCCGUAUCGAUCACCUGCAAUGGCUGGAGGAUUAUUUGCAAUUGAACGUGACUUCUUUUUUGAACUGGGUCUCUAUGAUCCAGGCCUACAAAUUUGGGGUGGUGAAAACUUUGAAAUAUCUUACAAGAUUUGGCAAUGUGGAGGGAAACUGCUAUUUGUCCCUUGUUCUCGUGUUGGACACAUUUAUCGACUCCAGGGAUGGCAAGGGAAUCCACCUCCAGCAUAUGUUGGAUCAUCUCCUACUCUAAAGAAUUAUGUCCGAGUUGUGGAGGUCUGGUGGGAUGAAUACAAAGAUUACUUCUACGCUAGCCGUCCUGAAACAAAAGCACUAGCCUACGGUGAUAUUUCUGACCUAAAGAAAUUUCGUGAAGAUCACAGAUGUAAAAGUUUCAAGUGGUUUAUGGAGGAGAUAGCUUAUGAUAUAACUUCUCACUAUCCUUUACCACCUAAAAAUGUGGAAUGGGGAGAGAUUAGAGGCUUUGAAACUGCUUACUGCAUAGAUAGUAUGGGGCAUACCAAUGGGGGCUUCGUGGAACUUGGACCAUGCCAUAGAAUGGGAGGAAAUCAACUGUUCAGAAUUAAUGAAGCUAACCAGCUCAUGCAGUAUGACCAGUGCUUGACUAAAGGACCUGAUGGAUCAAAAGUUAUGAUUACACACUGCAAUCUAAAUGAAUACAAGGAAUGGCAGUACUUCAAGAAUCUACAUAGAUUUACGCACAUCACUUCAGGAAAAUGUUUGGACCGUUCUGAGGUUUUACACCAAGUAUUUAUUUCAGAGUGUGACUCCAAUAAAGCAACACAAAACUGGGAAAUGAACAAUAUCCUUAGUGUGUAGACAAAAUAUCCUGAAUCUACCUACUGAGAAAAUUAAUUUGAUUAAGAACUGAAGAUAGCCUGAAAACUGCUGCAAACUAUUAACUUUGUACAGCUGAAGCCUGGAACCUCCUGACUGGGAUGAAGGACAUAGGUGGACUGUGAUAGAUUUAUCAUCUGCAGUUAAUGUUUACAAAAACUGCUCUUACCUUAAACUUUAAUAGUUGUUUACAUCUCUUCUUUGUUUGUUUUAGGAUGUUCUUUUAUAUAAAAAAAUAUUUUAGUUGAUAAUAUAAUGUGCUUUUGACUCUGUUUCUGUUUUAUUGAAACAAAGUUAAAAGUGCUGGCUUGGAUCUGAAGUAGCGUGAGGUUGCUUCCACUCGUACAAGAAGGUAUUUCUGCUUCCAGUUUUGGCGGCAGCCCUGGCCCCAAAAAGCCCCUCCUGAAGGACCUUUUUUUGGAAUGGCUGUUUGGUGUAAAGGGCUGGGAAUUGGCAACUUCCCGUAUGUGUGUAAGUGCCUUCCACUUGUGCACAAGCAGGGGAAUUGGAUCCAAGCCUUUGCUGUUUUUUGGGAUUACACUCAGGGUUCUGCAGGCAGUUCUUUUUUUCUUCAACACUCACACUUGAAAAAAGGUUAGAAUAACCAGAUUUUGCUGUAACAUGAAAUUAUCAACCUGUUGUAUGUUGUUUUGAUUUUACAUCUUACCAAGCACUGCCACAGGUUUUUUUUGCCAGAGUGGCCUUCUUUCAGUCAUGCUGCUUUUUUGAAUGGUAUAUUUUCAGCAUAUUUAGUGUCUUAAUUUUUCCUUCUUAGUUAAAAAAAAAAGCAUUUGUCAUAGUAUGGGUAUGUUGGGGUGUCUCCUUUUGAUCAGAAUGGGUUAGUAAUGCUCUCAUUGUAGUUUCACAAAUUUCCAGCACUAACUGUUGAACUCCUUAUUCCACACCAACAGAGGUAACCAAGAGAGGCACAAUUCAUACUAGGAAUGCUGUGUGCGGGUCAGCAUAACAAUGCUAAAAUAUCAUUGGAACCUUUUAAAAGAGGAUUCCAUUUAGUAUACUGGGAAGCACUUAAAUCCAUGAACCACUUGUGUGAUACAGCCUUACAAUGGCUAGUUAUUUUGGAGUAUCAAACUGAACCUGAAAUUUAGCACUGAUACAUUCAGUGGAAGCGAGUACUGUAUAUUAUAGCUAAACAGAUAAAAGCAUUGACUUCCCUGCUGUAUCAUGCCUUAUGAAGCCUGUCCAAGUUGAAAUAUGUCUAUAUCUGCACAAUGCAGACAGAGUAAAAGUGAUUUUGUUCUUACUUUUAUUAUAAUAAAUAGAAGUCGGCUGAAGAUAUUACAAAACCUUUAAAAUUAUUUUACAAUUACAUCAUUUACUGGAUUAUUGCCAAUUAGAUAGAGAUCCAUAGAUUAGAAUUGGGCAGAUGGGUAGAAUGCUUAUUUUGUGAAGAAGGGUUGUUCAAAUGUUCUUUUCCUCCAAAUAAUUAAGAGGAUGUUUGAACCUUGGAAUUUAUUUUGACAUUUACAUUUUUGUUAUCCUUGUGCCAUAACAUGAAAAGAAAAUCAACUUAUUAAGAUGUUUAAUUUUAUACUAAAAGUAAAAUCAAACCAUUUGGGGGGAAAUGUCAUUUCAAAAAAAGAUCUACUUUAGCACUUAAUCCUAGCUUCGAGGGUAGAUAUCCCACAGAGAUGUCUGUAGGCUUAUUGUGAUACUGUGUCUCAGUGAACAGUUGGGUACUCCCAAAUUCUACUCAACUAACUAUAAAAUUGAUUUUUUAAAGGAGUGUUAGUUCAAAAUUAAAUUUCUAGGUAAACUGAAUAAAAUUGCAAAUGUACCUUGGCUUCAGUGUUUAAACUCUUCGAUCGUUAUAUCAACUUGUAAAAGUGGGUAAUGGAAAUACUUGUUAUAAGGCCAAAUUUUGGUCGUUAGAAGACCAGAUAUGUAUAAUUUGGAUUUUCUUCUCUGACGCCAUUUUUCAGGCCUCCUUUAAAAGGUGUGCAUAAUUAGGAAUAGAGGAGGAAAAACUGGAAAAAAUGGUUACUAAGGGUGUAGGGCACAUUUACUGUUUUGUGUACAGAGCCUGAUUUUCUUUUCUGUGUGACAGAUAUUAAUUUAAUCACAUUACUAUGCAUAAGUGAGAAAGAUUGCACAUAGAUUGUGCAGGUGUGUAUGUUUUAAAUGGAUGUUGUGUGCAAUUGCAUUAAAAUCCAAUACUGUGUGUGAAUAUGAAUCUGUAAUUUUACACUCCAAAUCUUACAAGAGAACAUAAAGCUGUUACUCCCAAUGACUUUUUCCUACUGUAACCUGCUUUUGAAAAAAGUAGAUCCCAUAUCCUUGCUUUGUAAGUUGAUCACUAUGCAUUUCUACACAUUUUAUAAAUUUGAUUUAUGCAGAUUUUGAUACACUGUAUGUUUCUGUAAAGAUUGUAAAAAUCUUCAACAGUUUUACUAGGGAUAAAUUGGAGGUCUUAUGUAUAUCUUAAUUCUGGAUUGCUUGUUUUUUUAGGUGAGGCAAAUAAAUUUUAAAAUGUGGGUUUAUUAUA